AUGGCAUGCCCGAGUCUUGAAAGCCCCGGAUCUUCCAAGAGUACUGUGAAGAGCUGGGCUCGGAAUUUGUCGGUUGAUCAGGCGGUCGAGAUCGCGAGGAAAGUGAAGAAACAUGGAAAAGACGACCCGAGAAGAGUUAUUCACUCACUGAAAGUAGGUUUAGCACUCAUGUUGAUUUCCUUGUUCUACUACUUUCGACCUGGUUUUGGCGACGAAGCAAUGUGGGCCGUCUUAACUGUGGUGGUGGUCUUUGAGUUCUCUGUUGGAGCAACCCUAGGAAAAGGCGUGAAUAGGAUGUUGGCAACGUUGUUAGGUGGUACUCUUGGUGUUGGGGCCCAUCAUAUAGCAACUCUUGGUAGAGAGACUGGAGAGCCCAUUAUUGUUGCCUUCCUCGUAUUUUUUGUAGCCGCAGUAGUGUCAUUCCUGAAAUUCUUUCCAAGUUUGAAGGCGAGAUAUGACUAUGGGCUCACCAUUUUCUUACUGACCUUUAGCUUGGUAUCUGUCUCGGGCUACAAAGAUCAUCAGGUUAUAGACAUGGCUCGUAAGAGAUUAUUAACUAUUAUCAUUGGGAGUGCCACAGCUAUCGUUAUUUGUAUUUGCAUUUGCCCUGUUUGGAUUGGAGAAGAUCUCCAUAAUUUGAUCGUUGGCAACAUAGAAAAGCUUGGUAACUUUUUACAAGGGUUUGGAGAUGAAUACUUUCACAUACCAGGGAAUGGGCAGUCAACGAAUAGUGAAAAAUCAUUUCUUGAGGAGUAUAGAAGUGUUUUGACUACAAAAAGCAGUGAAGAAAAUAUGGCUAAUUUGGCAAGAUGGGAGCCAAGGCAUGGGCAGUUCAGCUUCCACCAUCCAUGGAAACAUUACAUCAAAGUUGGAUUCCUAACUCGGCAAUGUGCUUACAAGAUCAAAGCUCUUAACGGAUACAUGAAUUCCGAGAUCCAGACUCCAAUUGAAAUCCGGAGAAAAAUCCAAGAACCCUGCACCAAAAUUUGCACAGAAUCUGGUAAAGCACUGAAGGAAUUGGCAGCAGCAAUGAAGAAAAGGAUUCGAUCAUCGUCAUUUAGCGCCCACAUUACAAACUCUAAGAAUGCUGCUGAAAACCUAAAAUCAUUGCUCAAAAGAUACGAGUGGCAAGAUCAUGACGGCGAUCUCCUUGACAUAGUGCCUGGUGCUGCAGUAGCUUUAGUUCUAAUUGAUGUCGUGAAAUGCAUCGACGAUAUCGCAGAGACCGUGGUUGAACUAUCUUCUGUUGCGCGUUUCAAAACUGAAGAUGCCACGGUAGUGGCGCUAGAACAACCGCCGAGUUUACUGCACCGUGCAAUAGUUCAGCCCCAGCUUGGUUCUGAAGGAUCAGAACAUUCUGUUAAAUUGAUGGAUCUUCUCCAGAAGGCUUGCUAA